UUGAUUGAUUGAUGGCUCGUUUGAUGGCUUGAUCGAUUGACUGAUCGAUGCCAGAGUGGAAUUUCUACGCAAAUCUCAGUCAAUUGUUUCACUCGCGGAACCUCAUUCUUGCAGCGGGCGCUCCGCAACCUGGCUACUGAUGACCAAUCUGGAUGCAUGCAUGUUGAUGUAGGCCCGUCUAAGAGGGCCGGUUUUGAGGUUGGUGUGAAACCAGUAACUGUAGAUUGAUAUCCACCAGGCCACAUUCCUAGUGCCAUAUUAAAACGACAAAGUGCCUUGCGCAACCCACAUUGUCGACAUCAUGGAAGAGCUCUUGACAAAACACCGUAAAGAAAAACGGGAUCUGCAAGCUAGAAUCACUCAGAAGAAGAAAAAUGCUACCAAGAAAACGAGGAAAGGAGUCAAUGACGAAUGUGAACGAUUGGAGAGAGAGUUGGCCGAAAACCAGCAGGCCGAGAUCGAUGCUUUGGAACCCAGAGACGAGCAGUUAGAGUUGGCUGUUGACGACCUGACGCUCGAGGGGCCUGUCAAAGAGGACGCUACUGUGACCGAGUCUGAUGGACCCGAGACAAUCUCAGACAUAGCCAACAGUUCUCCCUCUGUUGGGCAGUCACGACAAAAGAAACCAAACCGACAAAAAGCAAGACUGGCGCGAAGAGCGGCCGAGCAGGAGGCUCAAGCUGCUGCGGCCGCAGAAGAAGCGCAAAAUAUGCCUGACCGACGAGAACAGGAAAUGGCGGCAAUGAAGAAACAAAUGGAUGCCAGGGGUCUGGUGGAAACUAUGAUCCGUCCUGAUGGACAUUGUCUCUUCUCCGCGUGUGCGCACAGUAUGCCGGCGGACCAAAUCGCAAAGUCAGGGCCGAAACAAGAACCUUACCAGAACGUAAGAUACGCGGCGGCAGAGUUCAUGAAGGCACACCCCGACGACUUUGCGGCGUUUAUGGAAGAACCACUCGACUCGUACGUGGCGCGGAUAAGAGAUAGUGCUGAAUGGGGAGGCGAACUCGAGUUACAGGCAAUUGCACGAGCAUACAACAUCAACAUCAACGUGGUGCGAGCCGAUGGCCGCGUUGAGAAGAUCGGCUCAGGAUCUGACAAAACGGACGAUUCAACCGACGUGUGGCUCGCAUACUAUCAACACAGUUUUGGCCUCGGUGAACAUUACAACGCUCUCAAAAAGACCGAUGCAGCUUAGGAUCGUCAAAGGUGUGGCAUUGGAAGAUCGGAACGACUGUUAACAUGUUGGGACACGCCUCUCCCCUCUGCCUAUCAUCGAUGUCUCCAGACCGAGAUCCAAUCUUGCACGUUACCCUCCGUGUCUUUGCCUAUUUGGUGCGUAUCAGCAGGGUGCCAGUGGCCCACUCGCUCAAGACCUCCUGGACUCGAUGGUGCCAAUGGGUUCAUCAUGACGUUGCCCUCUGCGUCAUACUUGACUUCCUCCCCUGGAUGACUCAAGUGCUCGAGGUACGCCUUUGGAGGAGACGCAAAAGGAGGGCCGCCCGCUUGAGCAGGCUUGUUGGUGGGAAAUUCCAAACAAACCAGAUUAGCUUGAGGAUCAGGACGCAGAAGUUGCGACAUCCUCUUGGCCCAAGCUGAUCUCAUGGGUGGUUGCAUCGCGCAGAAGAACUAGAAAUUAGAUGUGAGCAGCUGAUACCUGGUUGCCACUUCGUCGAAUUUAACAAGCCAAAUGCCAAUCCACUUACAGUAUAGUCAUAGAUCAAAUCGAACUUGGUAUCUUUGUC